UAUAACUGACUCCUCUGCCAUUAGCGAGAUUGCAUAUUGCGAGCAGAAAACUGUAUCAUCCCCAGAAAACGAUCUGUCCUCGCAUUAUACUUUUAUGAGACAAGGGAAAUUUCACACUUCUCAUUGAGUCAGAUCUAGUUUAUGGUUGUUAGGCCUCAGGUCUACCCCUUUCUGAAUUGAGGGGUUUCUACGCCAGCAUAUUCCUCCGCUCGAAACGAUAAGUUAGCCAGUGCCAGCUUUACCCAUGUCAGACAGUCAGGCGCAGAGUCUGCGCGAACCCAUCCCUCCAACACCUUCAAGGCUCCUUGCAGACCGCACUGUAGUCCAUCAGAAGUAUCCACUUCGAAGACCCAUGUCAUGGCGGCAUUCUCUCGUUUCUCGACCUCUGCUCCAUCGAAUGUUCCCACUCCUUUCUCCUUCACCUAGUGAUACACCUUCCGCAUCUUUCUAUCGCCUUUAUCAGUUUUUUGUCAUAGACUGGACAGUCCAGUUCCGCAACGAGCUCGAAUACUUCUGGACGCGAUCUGAGCCCGCAUGGGCACUCUCGGCCCUCCCUGACCCAUACCCUACUGAUAAACCCAAUACAGGCUCUGCUACCAACUCAGACGAGGCACUUCAAUACGCCAUUAUGGCUGGACUAUGUUACAUCAUGGAGAAAGCAUACAACCGCCUCAUUAUGAGAGGACUACCCCGUGACGCACCUCCCAUCGUAGAUGACUUUGAAGAGCUACAGGCACGCCCAAAACACCCCGAGAGUGUCCCGGCGUGGGCAGAAGCGGUCGUUCCGCUUGGUGAGGUGAUGGAUAUCCCUGACUCGGAAGGGAAUGUGCCUACGGAUGAGGAUGCUGAUGAAGAUUUUUUGCGCUUUGGAGUCCGGGUUGCGACGCCUCAUUGGGUUUUUGUUUGAACGGUGAUCACUGCUUUGGAUACGUUUACAUCCUUAUUGACACGUCCUGAUGUCUAUCCUUUACGAUACAGCAGGACUUGCAUUUCGUUGCGUUGUAGUAUAUAUCUCGCAAAGCUCAGUCAUCAAAAAUCUGAUAGACUUCGCAUAGAUUCGGUGCUGUUGGUUCAGCUGGGGUUCAGCUAGGGUGGCAUCAACGACGUAAAAUGUCGGAUGUAGUGACUCGUAGACCUAUAGUGAUUCGAUAAGGCUUAAGGCGCUCUUGAAAUAUUGGUACAACUGAAAGCCA